AUGCUAUCAUUAUUUGCCCCCAACACACGGGUGAUCCUUCAGGGUCUGAACAGCAAGCCGGAAUGGAAUGGUACCAAAGGCACUGUCCAAAAAGGCAAGUUGUCGGAUCCUCAUCAGAGAGCCAUUCAUGUCGAUGCCGCCGACAAGACAGUCGCCAUUAAGGUAUUCAACAUGAAAUAUGAAGAUGCCACACUGGAAUACAAGCAUCGCUUGCAGGACAAUGUCAACGAGGCAGUGAGGAUUCAGAAGGAGAAGAAUAGUAGUCAAGAAGCGAUUCAAAAGCUCCGAGAGAAUCUCCAAGAGGCCGAAGAACUCAUGAGACGGCUCCCAGAAAUGGACGACGGAGUGGCAGUGCCACCGUAUACCCACAUGGCAUGUGCGCGUCGAGCUUCCCAGCAAUUCUCGCAAGACGACUGCGUGCCUCCGUCUGAAAUGACAUGCCAUGCCCACGGCUUUUUAAAGCUCACCCGUACAGCGUUGGGAGAAGCAUUGGAGGCAGCCGAACAAUUUGAGGAAGCAUUGCCCCUCUAUCAUGCGCUAGUCGAACAGGCUAAACAAAUGCGCCAGGAUAUUUGGCAAGACAAUAGCGAACUGCACUUGUACAUGAACUCGUUGGCAUUGUGCUACAAGCGGGCAGGACAAAUCCCAGAGGCCAUCAAAUGGUACCAAGCGACUCUACAAAAGAUGGAGGAAGAAGGCGGUAGUCCCCACAGGGGCACGGUCGAGCACAAUUUGAAAUGUCUAGUAGAGAAUAAUGAGGAGGAGGAUAUCAGCAACUUUCAAUCGAUUGAUCCAGUCCAUGCAGAUGCUGUCAAUGACAUGGAGGCAUUGGCCAAUGCCCCUCUGUUUGAACAAAUUUUGGCGCAAGCCAUGCGCUGUGGUAUGGAAGGCGACAUGGAUCGUAAAAUGGAGUUGAUUCACCAGGCUAUUGCGGUGAGCCCAGAGGAUCCACGAGGACACUACAAUCUCGCCGUGCAAUAUAUGAGAGCAGAAGAGUAUGAAAAUGCCACCGUUUCAUUUAUGAGAGCCAUGAAGUGCGUGGAUAUUGAGCAGCAUAGAGGCAUGGAGGAACUUUGGGCCAGGUCGGCUGCCAAUGUCUUUCUCUGUUUUGACCACUCCCUCGUGGAUUCACUACCAAAACCGGACUGGAUGUGCCAUGCACAGAAAAUGAUGCAGGCAGGUCUUCGAGCCGCAAAAGGUGCGCCUGACUUUAAUGAAGCCUGGAAUAUGCUCGGCAGUGCUAUUGAAGAGGGCCCGAAUCCAGCAGCCGCCAUCAAAUGUUUUGAUCAAGCAGCGCAGGUAUCGGAAACAGAAAUGAACCGUCGCAAGUACUUCAUCAAAGCGCGAGAAUUGGAACAAAGGCUGUCCUGA